UCGUCGUUUAAUUCAUCAUCCAACUUAAAACAGCUUACCAUUCGGCAGCAACCGCAAUAUAAGUUAACGGAGAAAUUUUUUGUCCUCUGUAAAUUAACUUAAUCGUCUCUUCCCUAUACUUCCCCGAGUGCUCAUCGCUGCGGCAAUGACAACCAAAGUUUGCAAGAUCCCUUGCUCCCACCAAAUUCCAUCUUUCUUCUCGUUAAUAUAAAAAAUAUGAGUUCUUCAGAUUUGUGAAUAGUGGGUUCAAGGAGAUUUGUGGCUGUGGAAAACUUAGUGCAGAAGUGAAAGGUAUGAGAAUUCCAGAAAGAAAAAGAAAGAUAAAAGAUGAGAGAGGAAUGAAGGGAAGAGAAAAUGUUUGGGACGAAGAAGUUCUCCGUUUCAAGUUUAAAGGCUCAAGAGUCAGGGACCAAGACUGUUAUUCUGCCAUUAAGCAAAAUUGCACAAAAGGCCAAAAACCCGAGACGGAGGAUGCAGCUGACGCUCCACUCAAAGUGCCGGCACCUUGUGAAGAGUGUCGACCCCUUGCGCAGUAAUUCAGCCCAGCCCGACAUCCAUUCUAAUUAGGGUUUUUAGGAUUCUAUAAAUACCCAUCCAAAUUAUUUCAGAGGGGGUUCCAAGGGGCUGGAGAGGCUGCUACCAGAUUUCUAUUUUCUUCUUCAAGGCUAAAGAAUUAUGUCAAAGGGCAACUAAACUUUCAACAAGACU